AUGGAAAUUUCAUUGCUGACCUCCUGCUUCUGGUCAGUCCCCAGUCAAUUAAGCUCCACGAGCCUAGGCUUACGGCGGGCCAGGAUAAUGAUCGUGAGAACAUGGCACCAUAUCUGGAGGGGUUCAUGCGAGCUGUCAUCUCCCAUUUCCCCAUGCACCCACCCUGACAGCUCUCGUCCCUUCACAUCCUGUACCUCCCAGGUUUCUCCCAGGUUCUUGCUCCGCCGAAGGAACCGGCCGGCCUGCCGCUGCCUGCCCGUGGCCUACAUACUCCCUUGCACUCUAUCUACUUUGCGGCUGGGCGUCUGGUACCUACGUGAAUCCCAUCACAUCAGACGACAACCUCACGCCAGCCCUAUCAGAAUCGAAUCAUGCUCACGUCCGACCCCGCAGUGGCUUCCUCCUCGAUGA